GCACCAUAUAGCCACACACAAAUCAAACACUUAUUUCUUAUCCUCUCUUAGCCAUGAAUUGUCUUCAGAGUUGGCCGGAGCCAAUUGUCCGAGUCCAGUCCCUAGCUGAGAGCGGCAUACGAACCAUCCCGGAGAGGUAUAUCAAGCCAAUAUCCGAUCGCCCCUUCACAAACGAUACUCCUCUGCUAACAAACAAACACGAAAACAUUCCCCUCAUAGACCUCCAACACCUUUUAAGCAAUGACCGGACCCUCCGGAGCCAGACCUUGAGCAGCAUCUCUAAGGCCUGCCGUGAGUGGGGGUUCUUCCAGGUUGUGAACCAUGGGAUUAGCCCUGAGCUGAUGAGGAGCGCGCUUGAGGUGUGGCGCGACUUCUUUAACUUACCGCUUGAACUGAAGCAGGAGUACGCAAAUGAACCGAGGACCUACGAAGGGUACGGUAGCCGGCUUGGAGUGGAGAAGGGGGCAGUUCUUGACUGGAGCGAUUAUUUCUUUCUCCAUUACUUACCGACUUCGUUGAGGAAGGAAAGCAAGUGGCCUGCUCUGCCACCGUCUCUCAGGGAAUUAGUGGCUGAAUUUGGUGCUGAAGUUGUUAAACUGGGUGGAAGACUACUGAAAAUACUGUCCACAAAUCUUGGACUAGAAGAAGACUAUCUUCUGAACGCCUUUGGUGGAGAUGAAAACGUUGGUGCCUGUUUAAGGGCGAAUAUCUAUCCAAAAUGUCCUCAACCGGAUCUCACUCUAGGCCUCUCCCCACAUUCCGAUCCCGGCGGCAUGGCCAUCCUCUUACCAGAUACUAACGUCAACGGACUUCAGGUUCGCCGGAAUGGCAACUGGCUCACCGUUAAGCCUGUCCCCAAUGCCUUCAUUAUCAACUUGGGAGAUCAGAUUCAGGUACUGAGCAAUGGAAUUUACAAGAGUGCGGAACACCGUGUGAUUGUAAAUUCGGCUAAAGAUCGCGUGUCCCUGUCUUUCUUCUAUAACCCCAAGGGUGAUCUGCUGAUUGAACCGUUGAAGCAACUUGUGACGAAGGAGCGGCCAGCGCAGUAUAAGCCGAUGACAUUUAAUGAAUACAGACUUUACAUCAGGACAAAGGGUCCCAACGGCAAGGAACAAGUUGAGUCCUUGAAGUCCUAUACAUAAUCCCCCACCAAAUGACUAUUGCAUCUAGUAAAUGGUAACGAAAAAGGUGUUUUUACAGUUCAGAAUGUAAAGUGCCAGACUCAAAUAAUUAAUCGUCCUUAAAAAUAAUUGAUUUCUCAAGUGUUACAUAAGAGUGUGGAAUUGUAAUGUAUGCAAACCCGAAAAGAUGCAUGCUUUGAAUCCUUUGAUUGUGAUGUGUGUGCUGGAAGUAUAUCGUCAUCUCCAGGAUCAACUAUAUGGGCCUUUUUGUACCUCCUGCUCUUUCUCGUUAUACUAUUUGGGUUUUGUUGGGAUUAGGCCCAACACCCACUCCGGGCCACACACAAUAGACCCAGUUGAAGAAU